AGCAGCCACGUAUGCAUGCCCCUUUCCAAAAUGCCCAUCAGCCUGGCGCACGGCAUCAUCCGCUCCACUGUGCUGAUUGUUUUCCUGGUGGUAGCGUUUAUUGGCAACACAGUGCUGGGGAUCGUGCUGCAACGCAAGUCCAAUCUGAUGCCUGUGUCCAACCGCUUCAUCUUUAACCUCCUCACUACUGAUCUGAUGCAGGUGUUGCUCGUGGCUCCCUGGGUGGUGGCCACCUCCGUGCCUUUUAUGUGGCCCCUCAACAACCACUUCUGCACGGCCCUGGUGAGCCUCACCCACCUGUUCGCCUUCACUAGCGUCAACACCAUUGUCGUGGUGUCCAUAGAUCGUUACCUGUGCAUCAUCCACCCUCUCACUUACCCAUCCAAGAUGACCUCCCGCAGGGGCUACAUGCUUCUCCAGGCCACCUGGAUCUUAGCCCUGCUCCAGAGCACACCCCCACUCUACGGCUGGGGCAAGGGUAUCUAUGAUGGGCGGAAUGCCUUCUGCUCCAUGCUCUGGGGGGACAGCCCUAGCUACACCAUCUUCAGCAUAGUGUCCUUCAUCAUAUUCCCACUGUUUGUCAUGAUCGGCUGCUACUCGGUGGUGUUCAAUGCAGCCCGUCGACAGCACGCCAUGCUGUACAACGCCAUGCUGUACAACGUCAAAAGCCACAAUCUGGACACACAUGCAAAUGUCUGUAUGGAGAAUGAGAGAGAAGGGGUGGAGAUCAGCUUCCAGCCUGAGAGUGAAUUCCAAGGCCAGGAUGAAGGUGAGGUCAAUGCCAUAGAGGCCGAAGUAGGAGGCAUGGAGGUCAGGGAGUGUAGCAUAGAUCUGAGCGAAGAUAGUAUGAAUGCCAAAGACAUCGAGAAGUGCAGCCUGGAGGCCAAGGAGGGGAGUGUGAAUAGUAAGGAAGGGGGCGAAGAGGCCAACCACUGCAGGAUUGACUUGGGAGAGGAUGACCUGGAGUUUGGUGACGAUGACCUGGAGUUUGGUGAAGGUAUCCAUUUCAGUGCUGAAGACAUUGAGGCUGUGGAUAUCCAGGAAAGUUUCCCAUCCAGUCGCCAGAACAGUGGUGGCAACCCUCCUCUGCCCAAGUGCUACCAGUGCAAAGCUGCCAGAGUGAUCUUCAUCAUCAUUUUCUCCUACCUGCUGUCGCUGGGCCCCUAUUGCUGCCUCGCAGUCCUGGCCAUCUGGGUGGAUGUCCAAACCCGAGUGCCCCAGUGGGUGAUCACCAUCAUCAUCUGGCUUUUCUUCCUGCAGUGCUGCCUCCACCCUUACAUCUAUGGCUACAUGCACAAGACCAUCAGGAAGGACAUCCAGGAUAUGCUGAAGAAAAUCUUCAAGAAAACGUCCCCAGGAGAAGAGAGCCACCCAGACCUGCCUGUAACCGAAGUGGGCACAGAGGGUGGCAGGGUCAUCCUUUCCCACGAUUCUGCCACUUCACCUUGA